UUUAGGCAUUCUCGGCCCAAGUUAAAGCCCAUCGCUCUCCUCUUUCGUGGCCGUUAUUUGUUACCCGCUCCGAGGGCGAGCGAAGCUCCAUAACUGCGGAACCAGAGUCGGAGCGAUGGCCCAGACGCUGAUAGUGCGCCCGUACGUUUUCGCAGCCUCGUCGCGCGCGGCAAGGAGUCUCUUCCUCCGCCAAGCCCAGCCAACGAAACCCUUUGUCUCCGCGGUACUAUUCACUAGAGCGCGCACCAAACUCCGAAGUCAUAGUAAAGAUGGUAUUGGAAGGUCAUUCGGGUUCGGGUUUCCGCCGGUGGGUGGUCGGUGCUUCAGCUCACCAGCCGCGCACAUGAACGAUGCUGGCUCCGUAGAAUCCCCGCUCAUGCAGUCCAUGGAGAAAAAGAUCAAGGAACAUCUAAAUGCAGAAUUAGUCACUGUAAAAGAUGCUUCUGGUGAUGGACGGCAUGUCAGCAUUGAUGUUGUCUCUUCAGCCUUUGAGGGACAAUCAGCUGUUAACAGGCAGAGGAUGGUGUACAAAGCCAUCUGGGAGGAGCUUCAGAGCACAGUGCAUGCAGUUGACCAAAUGACUACCCGAACCCCCAACGAAGCAGCUUCAAAAAAGUGAUGAAGACUGAGGCCACUAGAUUCAUUUUAAUGGAUUUUCUGGUUGUAAGUCUUGGGAUAAAAGUAUGUGCCUCAGUUGUCUGUUGGAAUCACUAUCUUUUGCAUUCUAUUAUCCGAACAGCUUGCACUUGACAGGACUAAUUAAUUAAUUAAAUUUUUUUUUUCCAUUUUACUCUUAUGCAUGACUCUAUCUUCGACAUAAAAUGUCAAGGUCUUGGCUGAAAAGGAAAAAUAAUGGUAUGUUUUUCAUGAUCUAUCGAUGACAUUUACGUAAUU